CGUUUGUGUAUAUUCUUCUGGCCCGUGGCCACGUCGAGGGUCUCAACAUGUUUGAAAUGAGUCGCGUCGGCGGCAUUGUCUGGGUCGGUCGACCAUUAAUCGCGGUCCGGAGUAUCACGGCUCUCUGUCUUCUCUCAACCGCCUCGAUUGGGCUCCAAACUGACGGUGUCUUCAGCUACUUUGUCACGACACCCGUCCCGCUCUGGACGACGUGUCUUGCAGCGAAUGAAGUCACGUGGCUUGUCGGUAUCGUCAACGACAUCUCGCUCGUCUGGACGCAAGACCACACGAUCGCGUACGCCACCAUCAACAGUCUGCUCAUGUGGCUCAUCUCGGCGCUGUUGGCGACACUGGCGCCGGUCCAGGCCACGAUCACAGUAUCUCCAGUCUGUGAGAUUGCAACAUUGGACUACCAAGUGGUCUGUGUGGCAGGAAGCGUCGUGAUUGGGUCAGUACAACGACUACUGAUGCUGGUGGGGAUCGUACUAGUCUGCAACGGCGUCUGCUUUGGUCUGGUGCGCUGUUUUUGGAAACGUCCGCAACCACUUCAGAGCUCGUCGAUGCUGCUCUGUGGCGGGGCCAAGUACCUCUUCAGUCACGACGGCUGGCUGGAUGGGGAUGGAACGUACUUUUUGGACCGUGCGUCGGCGGUUCUCAAUGGGCUGCUGAGUGUCCGGUAUCAAGAUCAGUGGAUCGUCUUUGACGUCAAGACGUGGUGCGUCCACAAGCUCGAGGCCCCGAGUCAUCGUCGGGCGCAUGCUUACGAAGCGAGACGAGACACAUCUAGUCGUUUCGCCAUGGCAUUACCACUUGAGGAUCGCUAGUGUA